AUGACAGUCUCUGCAAUUUGGAUGAGGCGCAAUAAGGUCUGGCUGGGUGAAACGACAACUCCAUUGGGUCAGAUUCCGACCUCGGCUUUCGAUGCUCUCAAGGAAUUUCAACAGCUGCGUCCUACACAUGCCAAGAUACCAAGGACAGCUUGUGCAGUACGUUGGACACCACCACCUGAAACCUGUGUCAAGGCGAAUUUCGAUGGAGCGGUCUUCUCACAAGCUGGACUAGCUAGCAUCGGCAUUAUAAUCCGGAAUGAACAAGGAUUAGUUAUGGCUGCUCUCUCACAACAAAUUCCACUACCUGCUUCGGUGGAGAUGGUGGAAGUGCUAGCCGCUCGCCGGGCUUUGGUUUUUGCUAAGGAACUCGGUUUUGACAAAGUGAUUAUGGAAGGAGACUCUGCAAACACUAUUACCUCUAUUAAUGGAGGGCACAUGGACCUUUCGGCUAUGGGACAUGUUUUGUUAGACAUCAAAAGCUUAAUUUCUUGUUUUUAUUUUAUUUCAAUUCAGCAUAUUAAUAGAGAAGGAAAUUGUGUGGCUCAUAAGCUUGCUAGACAAGCUGCCAGUGUUCCUUUUUUGGUUUGGAUGGAGUCUGUUCCAUCAGACGUUGUUGAGGUGUAUCAACUCGAUUUAUUAAGGAUGCAAUAA